UUUCCUUGCUCUGAUUUCUACAAUUUUGAAAGUUAAAUGACUGAGAAAAACCACGAUUACUUGCGAUUUUGACUUGAUUACGUUUUUAUUAGCCUCCUUUUGCUUCUAUCAAGACCACUGUGGGAUAUAUUCCUUAGUAUGCUGUGACCCAAGUGAAUUAUACCGUUACCAAAGAAAUUCCCUAUUAAGUGCAUUUUAUUGGCACCUACAUUAUCAUUUAAGGUAUGUUUUGAAAAUAUUUCUAAUCUCCAUGCGAUUUGAAAAUGGCUAAUAGAACGGUAAAAGAUGCGAAAUCUAUUAGAGGUACAAAUCCGCAGUAUUUAGUAGAAAAAAUAAUUAGAUCUCGAGUGUACGAUUCGAAAUAUUGGAAAGAAGAAUGUUUUGCUCUGACUGCAGAACUUUUAGUAGACAAAGCGAUGGAGUUGAGAUACAUAGGUGGUGUAUAUGGUGGAAAUGUAAAACCAACACCAUUCCUCUGUCUAAUAUUAAAAAUGCUUCAGAUACAACCUGAAAAAGAUAUUAUAGUAGAAUUUAUAAAAAAUGAGGAAUUUAAAUAUGUCCGUGCACUAGGAGCAUUGUAUAUGAGAUUGACAGGAUCUUCUUUAGAUUGUUAUAAAUAUUUGGAACCAUUAUUUAAUGACAAUAGAAAGUUAAGAAGGCAAAAUAAGCAAGGUAAAUUUGAAUUGAUCAACAUGGAUGAAUUUAUAGAUGAUCUUCUUAGGGAAGAAAGAUGUUGCGAUGUAAUUCUACCAAGAAUACAAAAAAGACAUGUUCUUGAAGAAAAUAAUGAAUUAGAGGCAAAAGUGUCUGCAUUAGAGGAUGAUAUGGAUGAAGGAAUAGAAUCUUCAGAGGAUGAAGAAAUACCUCCAGUCAAAGAAGAUACUCGCAAAAGGACAGAUGAUCAUGAUAGAGACAGAGAUCGUCAUAGAGACCGAGAUAAAAGACAUUCACGUUCCGAUAAAAAAUCUGACAGAGAAAAGCAAAGAUCGAGAAGCAGGGACAGAGACAGAGAUAGACGAGAACGUAAACGGAGUAAAUCUCCUAAAAGCCAUUCAUCCUCGCAUAAAGACAAGGAUAGAGAUAAAGACCGGCACAGACGAGACGAUAGAGAUAGGGAAAGAGACCGAGAUCGAGAUCGAAGACGAGAACGUGACAGAGCUAGGCAUUAAAUUAAACACCAAGCUCUUGAAUUCUUUUUAUCGUAUGUACCGCACUUCGAUCGCGAUUAACAGCAGUGUGUAACAUAUACAAGGAAUAGUUUUGUAUUAAAAUUAUAGCAUUUAUCGAUAUAAACGCUACACAGUAGCUUAUAAUACCCGUACAUUACAUGUUGUAAGUGAACGUUUGUUUCUUUUUAACGUUAUACUAUUCGUUCUACCUGGAAUCAUUACUUUUGACUUAUUAAGGUCAUGAAACGAUGGCUGUUGCUUUUACUCUUAUUUACAAAAUUUCAGAGAAAAUUUAUCACUGUGAUUGUUAACAAAGAACUGUUUCACGAUUUGUAAAGUUACGAUUUGCUUGUUAAAUGAUAUAAAAAGAUAUUGUAUUGUAAGUAAUCUGUUUUUAACAACACAAUGACAAGUUUUCUCAAGCACCAUGUAAUAAAAUAAGUUGAGAAUGUCAUAGCCUGUCUAUAAAUGUACUCUACAUUACAUGCGUAAUGUCUUUAAAUAUAUACAUACAUAUGUACCUUUA